AUGUUUCGUACCUUCGUCAAUAUUUUCGUCGAUGAUUUCGUAAGAUCUUCAAGACACUGGUUUCACACUGCUCUGUUCUGGAAAACGGAAGCUGCCAAAAUCAAAGCGGGAAAGCUGAUUAUCAGCGGCAUUCGGCCAUUCGUUGUCUCUCGGCCAUCGCACACCAAUCAGUUAGAGAGAAUGGAAAACACUGCACCAGAAAAUGUAGGGAAUGUAACAAAAGUCUAUGAAGAGAAGCAAAAGAUGGUUCACAAGGAUCGUUUGCCAGCAUUGAACGGCGAGAAUCAUGGUGACGAGCAAAAGCACAAAUUGCAACAAAUGCAGAGAAAUGGUGGAUGCAUCACCUUACUGCUACCUGCCGAGACGGAAAAGUACAGUAAGUCUAUGCUGCAUGUCAAGGUAGAAGUGCCGAAACUCGCAAAAGCAGCGCGGGCAAAGCACUUUUGCGAGCUAAUAGAUUACGGAUCGAAGAGACCAGAUUAUGUGUGCGUAGUGAUGGCAUUGCUUUUCAUGGAUCUACACGGUCUCAGAUCUGAACUGUCAGAAAGAUCUGGAAGGGUUUGUUAUGGAAUAAACUGA